AUGGAGAUACUCACAUUGCAAUCGUCGCUCCAUUCAGAGAUUCAGGCCAAACAGACGGUUUCGGAGGAAUUGAGCCGCACGCGAGCUGAAUUGCUUGCUAGUCAGAGGGAGUUAAUGGAGACUCGUCAGCGUUUGGACUCGGUCGCGCAUGACAUGAAACGCAAAGAGCAGCACAUCCGCGACAUACAGGCCAAGCUGGAUGCGCCGGCGCACCCGCAUAACUCCUCCAGGCAGGGAUCGACAAAAUCAUAUUGGAGCGGCAAAGAAGAGAAUGUCUUGGACCGACCGCCAUCUCAAAUGAGUUACCUCGAACAGUUCUUGAAGGAUGCGCCACCUGAGAGGCAUUACGACAAUGUUAGCACUAUCAACAGUGAACAGAAGAUCUCGCCGGGCUAUCGUUACAGAAAUGUGCAGCAUUGUUGUAACGCAAAGAUAAUGUAUGGAUCGCAACAGUCUACGGCGCUGAGUGGGUCAGCCGAGUCACAGGAUGAGAUGGAACAACGUGCUGUCUCGCCUAUAUCCUGCAAGAGCUCGCCUAGUGAAAUGUCCACUGAUCAGUCUGUGGCGGCGCCCGUGACCGGCAAACAAAAACUACACCAGUUCCUAGUAAGGACGUUUAGUAGCCCCACGAAAUGCAAUCACUGCACUUCGCUUAUGAUCGGAGUCACCCGCCAAGGAGUGGUUUGUGAGCGUUGCGGUGUAGCUGUCCACACCGCUUGCUGUGCAUUAGUUGCGCCUAGGUGCCCCCUCCCCGCCGAGAGAUGUCGUCGUCCAUUGGGCAUUGACCCCGCGAGGGGGCAAGGGACAGCCUAUGAGGGAUAUGUCAAGGUACCGAAGCCGGGUGGUGUAAAAAAGGGCUGGAUGCGGCAGUUUGUCGUUGUUUGUGAUUUCAAAUUGUUCCUGUAUGAUAUAUCUCAGGAUAGAAACGCGUUGCCAUCUGUAUGUGUAAGCCAAGUACUGGACAUGAGAGAUCCGGAAUUCAGUGUGACGUCAGUGAAGGACUCUGACGUCAUUCAUGCGAGUAAACGGGAUAUACCCUGUAUAUUCAGGAUAUCGACGUCUCAAUUGGAAGGCGGCAAGCGUUACCAUACAUUGAUGUUGGCGGAAUCUGAAUCGGAAAAGACCAAAUGGGUGGUCGCACUCAGCGAGUUGCACAGAAUACUCAAACGUAACAACUUGCCUGAUAAAUGCGUAUACAGCGCAGGAAUAAUAGUAGAUUCGUCAUCUUGGGCGGGCGUUCGUAGCGUGCAAUGUGCUUGCAUUGUCGAACGGAGUCGAUUAUGUUUGGGCGGAGAUUUUGGUCUCGCUUUAUUGGAUCUCGAGCGGGGUGAAAUUGUGCCGCGAAGAUCGCACGCUCCUGUCGCGAAGUUGCAUUAUGUGCCAGCCGAACAUUUAUUAGUGGUGAUAGCCGGUCGUGGCAGACACGUGCGGUUGGUUCCGAUCCGUGCGUUGGAAUGUCCCGAAGCGGAGAGCGUGAAACUCGCAGAGGCUAAGGGCGCGGUGGAUGUCGCUGUCGGCGAAUUGAAUGCCACUGCGCAUGGUUUUGCUGUAGUUUGUAAACGACAGAACUCGUGGGUGGUGCUUGUAUAUGAAAUAACUCGCACGGCCGCAAGAAGGUACCGCGUUGCUGAACUGCGAGCGGCCGCGCCCGUACUGAGCGUACAACUUUGUAGGGGACGACUCAUUUUGGGAUAUAGAGGAGGUCUUGUCGCCCAUACAUUGAGGACUGACUUGGAUCGACCAGCUGUUUCGCUAGUUCACCCAGAAAACCAAGUGAGCGUAUUCCUGACUCACUCUGGCGCAAGACCACUUUGCGCUAGACCAGCUGGAACAGACUGGUUGUUGGUCUUCAGUGCUUUGGCCUUGUACGUGGAUCGAGUGGGGAUGAGGGCCAGAGACGCUGAGAUAAUGUAUACAGCACAUCCACAGUAUCAUGCGGUGAACGACACACAUCUACUGAUAUUCACGACCUCGCAUAUUGACGUGUACGACGUCGAAACUGGAGAUUGGGUGCAAACGAUCAAUAUACCUAACGCGAGGCCCUUAGAUGAAGGCGGAUGGGUUUGUGCUGCGGGAGGAAGCGGAGGCAACGGGUUCCCAUUCUCUACGGAUACUACGCCGUAUCUCGUCUAUCUACGACCGCUCGUUACUCAGGGUCCCCUUAAUCUCGAAACGGCUACGUAUGGCAGUAACAAGCGACGGUAUUCCGUGAGGGAACAAUCUCACCAAGCGAUCGAAGCUCAUAAUAGAUUAUCGGAGCGUCGUUCCCGUCUAAUAUCUGCGCCCACGAACUUCGCCCAUGUGUCCCAUAUGGGCCCUGGAGAUGGUAUUCGCUCACAGAGGCUGCUAGAUUUACCCACUACCUUGGAGACGGCCGAUGAUCAUGAUCAUCAUCAGGUAAAUGAUAGUAGAAUUUCGUUAAUUGGCGAACUAUCUUAA